AUGUCCGCCUCGGUGGGGCCCCAGGGCGGCCCUCGCCCACCCACCGCGCCGCCAUCCAUGCCGGAUCUGCCGGACCUCAGCCACCUCACUGAGGAGGAGAGGAAGAUCAUCAUGGCAGUGAUGGCUCGGCAAAAGGAGGAAGAGGAGAAAGAACAAGCCAUGCUAAAAACACUGCACCAGCAGUUUGAGAGCUACAAACAGGAGGUGCGUCGCAUUGGAGCGGAGACGCGGCGUCAGCAGACCCAGCAGAAGGAUGACGCACCCACCUGCGGUAUCUGCCGCAAGACCAAGUUUGCCGACGGCUGCGGCCACCUUUGCUCCUACUGCCAGACCAAAUUCUGCGCUCGCUGUGGAGGCCGGGUCUCCCUGCGCUCCAACAAUGUAAUGUGGGUAUGCAACCUGUGCCGUAAGCAGCAAGAGAUUCUCACCAAAUCAGGAGAAUGGUUUUCGGGGUCAGGGGUGCGGCCUGGGAGCCUGGGCACCUCUUUGACCGACCCAGCCACGGGAGGUGAGGCCCAACGGGACAGGAAGCUACUCCGCUCCAGGUCCCAAGCCCCGCCCUCUACCAACUCCAACACAGGCCUGCCAGACGGGACACAGCCGCCCACUGGUGUCACUGCAGCCAAGGGUGCUGACACCAUGCCCGGCUCCCGCUCCCAAAGUGAACCACCCAGAGAAAAGAAAAGGCCAGUUUCCCUUCAUGAACAAAAUGGUAAGGGAGGCAUGGGGCGUGGUAGUGGCCGGAGGCCUGCUGGGAAGUUGCCGUCUCAGUCAUCCCUGGAUGAGCGGGUAGGCCCCGGGGACCGAGGAGAGAGACGGUUAGGAGAUGGUCGAAGGCUGGAGAAGAUCCAUUCUCAGGACUAUGAGGAUGGGGAGGAGAAUUUGGGUCGUUUAGAAACACACCGCAGACGCCCAGAGGAUGAGGAGCAGAGGGAGCGCCAACGCCGUGAGGAGGAGUUCCAGAACCGUUACCGUAGUGACCCCAACCUUGCCCGAUACCCAGUUAAACCACAGAAAGAGGAGCAGGAGAUGCGCAUGCAUGCUAAGGUUUCCAAGGUCCGCCAUGAACGACGGCACAGUGAUCUGGCGAUCAAUGAGGUCGGACUAGGGCCUGGUGAAGGAGGUGGAGGUGGUGGAGGAGGCAGUGCAGGGGAGGUGCCUGAAAACCGUCUGGCCAGGAGAGGAGGGGGUGGGGAGAAAGACCGCAAGGCUGUUUUGGAGAACCACCAAGCUUACUCUGUGGAUAGGACCGUGGGGGUUGGAGGGGGACCUCCACCUGCUGUGGGUGGUGUGAGAUCAGGGCCCCAGCCUGGGGGACCGGUGCCUCCAGAUUGGGGCCCGAACAAGGGCCGCCUAGAGCCUGGUAUAACACGGACACCAAGGGACAAAGGUGGGGAUAACCUGCUGAGGAAGGACUCUCAGAGCUCGGACCAGUCGGAGUCUUUGCGGCCGCCCCCUCCACGGUCAUACAAGAGCAAGCGCGGAGUCAACAAGAGGCAGAUGUCCAUCAGCAGCUCAGAGGAGGAGGGCGGCUCCACGCCCGAGUACACCAGCUGUGAGGACGUGGACAUGGAAAGCGUCAGCGAGAAAGGUGACUGGGACUGUCAUCCUCUAGAUCCUGCAGUGUGGCAUCAUCCAGUUACAUGGCAGCCAUCCAAAGAGGGUGAUCACCUGAUUGGACGCAUCACGCUAAGCAAGAGGUCUGCCAUGCCCCGUGAAGCUGGCUCUCUCCUCGGCUUAAAAGUGGUAGGAGGAAAGAUGACAGAGACAGGGAGACUUGGGGCCUUCAUCACCAAAGUCAAGAAAGGCAGCCUAGCAGAUGUCGUGGGACACCUACGAGCAGGUGAUGAGGUGUUGCAGUGGAAUGGGAAGUCGUUGCCAGGAGCAACCAAGAAAGAAGUGUACAAUAUUAUCCUUGAAUCCAAGGCUGAGCCUCAAGUGGAAAUUGUUGUUUCAAGACCUAUCGGAGACAUCCCAAGAAUCCCAGAGUCAUCCCACCCUCCUCUAGAAUCUACAGGCUCCAGUUCCUUUGAGUCACAGAAAAUGGACCGUCCUUCUAUAUCAGUGAUGUCCCCUACCAGCCCCGGGACCCUCAGAGACCUUCCUCUGGUACUGCCUGGACAGCUCUCUGUGAAACUGUGGUAUGACAAAGUGGGCCAUCAGUUGAUCGUCAACGUCCUUCAAGCCAUAGACCUGCCACCCCGACCAGACGGACGACCUCGGAACCCCUAUGUCAAGAUGUACUUCCUGCCUGAUAGAAGUGAUAAGAGUAAACGACGGACUAAAACAGUGAAGAAGAGCGCCGAGCCCAAGUGGAACCAGACCUUCCUAUAUCCCCACGUUCACCGACGGGACUUCCGAGAACGCAUGCUAGAGAUCACUGUCUGGGACCAGCCCAGGGUCCAGGAGGAGGAGAGCGAAUUCCUGGGCGAGAUCCUGAUAGAGCUGGAGACUGCCUUGCUGGAUGACAUUCCUCAUUGGUAUAAACUCCAGACGCAUGACGUGUCCUCUAUACCUCUGCCACAGCCCUCUCCAUACCUCCCACGCAGACACGUCCAUGGAGACAGCCCCAGCAAGAAACUACAGAGUGCAGAGCGUAACUCCAGGGAGAGAGAGCGAGGCAGUACGCUGGCUGUGCCUGAGCAGCAGCGACCCGUCCAGCACCGCUCCCGCUCGGUGUCUCCUCACAGAGAGGACUCCUGCAGGGCGCGGUCACGACCCGCACAUGUGCCCAUGCAAAGGAGUCUGGAUGAGAUCCACCAAAACCGCCACCACUCCCACUCCCCCUCCCGCUACCACGACUCCCACUUGGAGCAUCAGCGCUCCGGCGACUCGGACUAUGAAUACUCUGAGGACAGUGAGGUCCUGGAGAUGCACAGGUCUAUCCGCGGCGGGAGUGCCGAGUGCCUGCACACAAACAGGGGCGUAGGUAGAUACAGCAACACACUCCCCCCCAAAAUGCCCCUGUUAGUAAAUGGUAUCCAUAAAGACAUUUACAGCUCCACCCUUCCCGCAUGCCUAAAGAACAAGCCACCCCACAGGCAAGAAGGGGGCAGCACCAUGCCUCGUAGCAUCCUUACACACCGUGUGCUCAGGUUCACUGAUGAGGUCACGGUUAGCGACCUGCAGCCAUCGUUGGACAGAGUGAGGAGUGCCAGCACCACUUGUCUGAGACCAGACACCAACUUUCACUCCCCUGACAGAGACAGCCCCUCUAGGUGCUCCAACUCUUUGCCCCGCAAGACUCCCCCAAGACCCAGGAUCUUAGUAGAACAUGUGGCCCUUGAGGAAGACAGUCAAAACAGGCAGUGUAGCAAUUCAUCAAGUCCAAACUGUCUAAGGGGCAGCAAAAAAAGCCUGGAGGGGGACAGUCGCAUCCAGCCCACCUCUAUCCUGAGGGGCAGUAGGGGGAGAGGGGGCCCACUGAGGCCCUUUGGCCAGACAGCCCUGGCAGGGUCCUCUACUAACUCGCCACGGCCAGACAGAGCACACCCUCAUUGCAGCCCCUCUUCUCCAACGGGGACUCCCUCAUCAGGUCGCAGGGGCAGGCAGCUGCCGCAGCUCCCUGCAAAAAGCAGCAGCAUAGAGCAAGCUCUUGCAGUAGAGGAGCGAGCCCGACAGCUGCAGAUGAAAGUACAUUCCUACCGGCCUUCAGCUUCCCAUGACCCCGAGACGGACCUCAAGACCAAACGGGAGAUGUACGCAGAACAGAGGCGCAGCAGCGACAACAUGUCGGCAAGAUCGUCAGACAGUGAUAUGAGUGACGUGUCAGCUCUCUCCCGUGCCAGCAGUGCCUCCCGCCUCAGUAGCACCAGCUACAUGUCUAUCCAAUCAGAACGACCCGGGGGACGACUCAGGUCCAAGUCAUUAGAGGAGGAGAAGAAGGACAGGAGGAUCUCAUGGGGGGUGAAUGGAGAGGAGGCGAGGAGGAGGGCAGCAGGAAAGAGACGUUUCUCUGAGGAGUUGAAGCGCAGGAGACACACUGUAGCUGGAGACACGAGGGAGUCCAGUCGGCAGAUGCGAGCGUCAGUGGGCCGCAGUAUGCUGAAGAGCUCCAGUGUGAGCGGGGAGAUCUACACCCAGGAGCGCACUGACGGCAGCCAAUCAGACACGGCGCUGGGCACGGUGGGUGGCGGCAGCAAGAAGAGACGCUCUAGCCUCAGCGCACGGGUGGUGGCCAUCGUUGGCAACCGUCGCAGCCGCAGCACUUCACAGAUCAGCGGCCCUGAGGGCAAGAGUAAGAAGGAGAAGGGUGCACCCAUCCAGAGGAGCACUGAGACCGGUAUGGCAGUGGAGCUGACCAGGAACAUGAGCCGCCAGCCCAGCAGAGAGUCCAACAAUGGCAGCAUGAACAGCUACAACUCUGAGGGAAAUUUGAUCUUCUCUGGAGUGAAUCUGGGUGCCAGCAGUCAGUUCAGUGACUUCCUGGAUGGACUGGGACCGGCUCAGUUAGUGGGCAGGCAAACACUGGCUACACCUGCCAUAGGGGACAUCCAGAUUGGUAUGAUGGAGAAAAAGGGUCAGCUGGAGGUGGAAGUUAUUAGAGCGCGAGGACUCGUACAAAAGCCAGGAUCCAAAUCGCUCCCUGCUCCAUAUGUCAAGGUCUAUCUGCUGAAUAAUGGAGCGUACGUAGCCAAAAAGAAAACCAAGAUUGCACGGAAAACACUUGACCCACUGUACCAGCAAGCACUGCUAUUCGAGGAAAGCCCACAGGGUAAAGUCUUACAGGUGAUUGUAUGGGGAGACUACGGCCGCAUGGACCAUAAAAGCUUCAUGGGAGUUGCACAAAUCCUAUUGGAGGAACUGGACUUAUCAAGCACAGUAAUUGGUUGGUACAAGUUGUUCCCACCUUCCUCCUUGGUGGAUCCAACGCUUGCCUCCUUAACGCGGCGAGCUUCCCAGUCAUCACUCGACAGCUCCUCCGGACCUCCCGGGGUCCGAUCCUAGUGGACCAAUAGCUCUACACCGCUCUGCGAGUAACAAACUCAUGAAAUGUACUGUAGAGAGAAACAAAAAAAAAAAACACACAAAAAAGAGGCAGAAAUGUAGAACAACAACAAUCAGAAACAGUCACAAUGAGAAAGCUUUGUUGAGAUCUGACAAUCACUCCUGUCGCGGUUAAUUUAGUCUGUUCUAGGGAGCGCCACAUUUCAGUGUUUCAUAUCCAUUCAAAGAAAAAUCUCAUAGUUUUUCUCUGUGUAUGCUGAAGAUGCAGGGCUGUCGACAGACAACAUGCAGUAGCUCUCGAGAUGGGAGACAGUAAAGAUGAGCAGGGUGGUUUUUGGCUGAAUCAACAAUAGCAAAGAAAUGUAUGUAAGCGUCGGAAUGUAUGGACUCGAGACAGAGGUAAUCACCCUCCACAACUGCAGGUGGCACUCUCACGUCCUCUCUGCAGUGGCCUCUUUCAGAACCCAACAGACUGCCAGCACUUCUGCCCUCAGGCAGGGUGCUCCCGCGUGGGUAUUCAGUCUGGAAGCACAGGGCCUUCUUCUGGUGCCUAGACCUUGGAGCCGCAUCACUGGUCCCUCUCUCUGUCGAAAGAUCCUCUUUUCAAUAUGUUUACCAUGGCUCCUCUGAAGCCACACUGUUUUAGUGUGUUUGCUUUGUUGUUCAUUUCUUUUCCCUUUGUUACUAUUGGCACAAAAUGUUUUUACAGUGUGUAAAAUGCUCAUGAUAUGUUGUCAGUCUGGUGUGUGCAUGGAGAGAAAAAACAAAACAAGAGAUAAAAAAAGGAUAUAAAAACUAUUUAAUGUCUGCAAAUGUUAUGCAGGGGGGGACGGGUGAUGAUGACACAGCUUAGAUUUUUACACUUGACAGUGAGAUUAGCGUGCGGCGUUGUUUUCCUUGUUCCACCACUGGCAAACGUCUAGGCCAGUCGUCUUUGUAUAGAUGUAUAUUAGGCCUCCCAGGAGGUUGACCAAUAAAUAAAAUUUAUGUCACUUUGAAAUAUUACAAGGGUACAACAUCACUGUAAAAAAAAAAGUAAAUCUUUAUUCACUUACUCAAGAGCAAGAUAGGACCGUCUAAUUUUUCACAUUUUUUGGGGAGUGCGUUCCCUCACCCCAGCACGUUUAAGGUUUUUAUCCAACCCUUAGUUUACAUUCUUUUGAGAUUUAAACACAAGCACAAGAGCUUGAUUUUUUUACAACAAAAAGUUUAACUUUUUGAAAAAAAAACAUGUAGUUAAAAAAAAGGAAAAAAAGCAAUGAUCCUGUCACUGGUUCAGUUCAUUUCUUUGUCUAGAUAUUAGAAAACAAACAAACAGAAAAGAGGACUCGCUCACAGUUUCCCUCGUGCAUCUCUGUGAAUGUGAAAGUAACCAAUCAGACUGAUCUGUCGGGACACCAACACCAAUGCUCAUCCUCCGUUUGGCCCCUGCAGGCUCCUCCCACCCGGAGAGAGGCGGGGCCAGCAUGACUGGAACCUGUUCCAAGCUGCAUGCACAUUUUUGUAAAAACGAAACAGAUACAGAAAAAAAGAUACUGAACUAGAUACGUGUGUUAGUUCCACAUACUGUAGGGCCGCUUGUAUGUUGCAUGCAGUUGUACAGUUUGCUCGUACUUGAAUAUUAAAGAGAUAAAACCAAGAAACCGAAGCCAUUCCCAUUACGCAAAGACAUUUGAACUCAACUGCAGUCUAUUCCACGUCCCUCAGUCCGGUGCUGAAUGUCUCUCAAACAACUGAAUCCCAAGAUUACGUUGAUGUCUUUCCUCUACCCUCUGGAAGAUGUACUGUAUUGUACAGUAGUACUGAGCAGACCUCACAGCCCCUCUUACUGUUAUUCCACAUCAUAGUAUACCUCCAAGGGGCUGAGAUGAUGUAUGAAUAAAUAUGUAAAAAAUCAGAUCCACUUAUAUGGAAAUAUGAAUUAUGUUUCAACAUAAUGAUUUCAGAUAUGCUAACACACGAACUGUUAAGUUAUAUAAAGAAUAAAAGCAGAUGCACAGAGAGUCAUACACUGUAAAUAUUCAGCAGCCAUUCACUGGGUUGUCAUUGGGUUGAGUGAUGUUUGCAAAGGGGUCAAGUCAUAUAAUGAGGAGCGAUUAGUGCUUCAUUAGGGACCAUGCAGUGGGACAACACAAGGUGAUGGACUUGGGUCACAAACAUGGCCGAGCUUAAACGCACGGCUGCAGAAACUACAGGUGUACCACCACUCUAAAAGUUGUUGUCUGAACACUUCUUUGUGCUUCAAACCCAAUGUCUGAACCCCGUUCAGUCCCACUUCAGAAGAGUUGACUUUUCUUUUCAUUGUCCGGUGAAGCUGGUUUAUUCCUUUCUUUUUUUCUUUGUCAGUAUUAACAGGAAAAAAAAUUGCUGAUUGUUUACAACUUAUGUGUUCCACUGAAACAAAAAGAAAAUUAGAAAAAAGUAAAGCAUUCACUGCAACAUUUCUUGUUUGUAUAACAGAUGUGGCUCAAAUGAUGUGUAUG